AUGUUACAGCUGUCAGCCUCCUACGAGCUGGUCAGGGCCCGUGAGAAGCUUUCCCGCGCCCACUCAGACCUGCAAUACCUGACCGUUGAGGAGAUAGAUGCAGCAACAGCGCGCGUAACCGGCAAUCUGGCGUCGGGUGUUGAGCACUUGGACGCGGCCGUGCAGUAUCUGAAGGCAGAUCAUCUGGAGUAUGAAGAAGUGCAGACUAUCAUUGAUUACUACACGACUUCGUUCUUUAUAAACGAUACUGUUCAAAUGCCGGAUAUAAAGAGCAACGAUGGACCAAACUAUGCAAAGGAUUCGAAAACCUGUUUGGACAUGCUGAGGCGGUUUCAGUAUGGAUUCAGAAGUGUAAUCAGGACAUCAGUGCAGCACGAAGUGUGGACAGCCCGCCGGACCCUCGGAGUCGGUGUUGGGAUAUUCGUGGCGUUGCUGAUCGCGACGCCGGUGCUUGUCCUCAUGCUACGGAACACUAUUACUACCAUGCAGGGAUUCUCCUCAUCCAUCGCAACCACAACCCAGAGGCUAAUGGCAGAGAAGCAGAAAAGCGACCUGCUUCUGUCUAAGAUGCUCCCGAUGCCUGUGCUGCAAAGGCUGCGAGCGCAGAAGACCGUCCCGGCAGAGGCGUUUGAUGCCGUCACCAUAUUCUUCAGCGAUAUUGUGGGGUUCACAUCCAUAUCUGCCAAUAGUACGCCUAUGGAGAUUAUCAAUAUGCUCAAUAUGCUGUACAGGUUAUUUGAUGAGAAAAUAACGCAGUACAAUGUCUACAAAGUGGAAACUAUAGGCGACGCCUACAUGGCUGUCUCUGGCUUGCCUCAACGAAACGGAAACAAGCACGCAUCAGAGAUAGCGGACAUGUCUCUCUCACUGAUGCGGGCACUGGACGGGGCAACAGUCCCCCAUUGCCCCGGUGAAGCCCUCAAAAUACGCGCCGGCGUCAACACGGGGCCCUGCGUGGCGGGGGUGGUGGGGACUUGCAUGCCUCGCUACUGCCUAUUUGGUGAUACUAUCAAUACGGCGAGUCGUAUGGAAAGUACGGGGGAAGCGAUGAAAAUCCACAUAUCAGAUACGACAAAGAUAGCGUUAGACCUUAUUGGUGGGUACGAGGUGGAAUCGAGAGGCAUUAAAGAUAUUCCUGGCAAAGGCCAGAUGGAGACGUUCUGGCUGGUCGGCAAGCUCGCAGGGCUCCAAAUCGAAAGUCCGUGUGGCCCCCGACUCAAGGACUACGACCAGGAUUUCAUAGAAAUGCUCAUAUCGUAG